AUGAAUUCUUGCCUGCCGUUUGCCGUGAACUCUUUGCUCAAGCAUGUUAGAAGAGGGGUUCCGGUGAACGCCGCUGUUUCGCCGCUGUCGUUGAGCGCCAGUGUAACCAUGUUAGGCGCAGGAUGCUCCGGGCGGUUACUGGAUCGGGUCCUGGACUUUGCCGGAUCAAAAAGCUUGGACGAACUGAAAUCAAGGUUUUCGGAAACCAUGUCCAUGGCAAAUACUAGUAGGGCAAAAGGUUGUCCGGAGAUAAAGUUCGUAAACGGAGUGUGGAUUGAUAAACGUUUAACUUUCAAGCCUUCCUACCACAAAUGCAUUACGGAUACUUUCAAAUCUCAAGCCAAAGUCCAUGAUUUCCAGAAACAGGGCGGCAAAGCUGCAGUGGUUGAUAUUAAUGCAUGGGUAAAUGUCCAAACCAAAGGCCUUAUUCCAAGUAUCAUCGAUGCAAUUCGUCCUGAAACAGCAGCUAUUCUAGGAAAUGCCCUUUACUUCAAAGGAGCUUGGUUAGAUGCAUUCAAUCCCAAAUACACUAGGAAGAGGGAUUUUUACCUUGUCAAUGGAGACAAGAUUAAAGACGUUCCCUUCAUGACAAGCAACAAGUCAUAUCUAUAUGGGUCGUUUAAGGAUUUCAAAGUCCUUGAGAUUCCCUAUCAAAGGAGAAAUGGCGAUGACAACGCGUUUUCAAUGCAACUCAUCCUUCCAAAGGAGAAAAAUGGGUUGCAAAAGCUGUUGGAGAAGUUUGAUGCUGAUCUCGGGUGCUUGAACGGUCAAUUCGAGCUUGAGAAACAUUUUAUUGAUGAUCUUUGGAUACCUAAAUUCAAGUUCGAGUUCACCCUUGAAAACAUACAAUUUCCAUUCAUGAAUGAAGGUGGCAUAAUUAAUAUGACUGAUAUGUUUGUGCAAACUGAGGAAGGACCUUUGUACCCGAAAAUCUUUCAGAAAGUGAUGAUCGAGGUAAGCGAGGAGGGGACAGAGGCGGCUGCUGUCACGCUUUCAACCGUAUUCGGUGCUUGUGCCCCAUCUGUUAAGAAACCGCCUCGGGUGAGGAGGACUUUUGUGGCUGAGCAUCCUUUCAUGUUCAUCAUCAAGGAGGAGAAUUCUGGGAUUGUUAUAUUCACUGGAAUAGUUCUAAAUCCACAAAAGAGAGCCGAAAUAAAGUAA